CGUCGCGUGCAUUCCCCUCCCCUGUAACAACGAGGCGGCACGGGCACGGCAGGGGAAGCUGCCGGUGCCGGGGAGGGGGCAUGGGCUAAACAGUUUUUGUUCUAAAAGGUCCCCCCUCAUGUCCUCUCCUCUCCUCGGUAUAUAUAACACUGCACGGCCCAGCACCGGCUCGGCGACGGCGAGACGGCGUCACAAUUCACACCACAGCACGGCCAGCACCACCAUAACCCAUAAGCGCGGGAAAUCUCCGGGAGGCCAAGACGGUUUGGGCGGCAGAAAUACGGGGGAAAAGGAAAAUCUCGCCCAAAAAUCAAACAGGAGGCGCGCCCCAGGAAGGAAAGCGUGGUGGCGCAGCGCGAUCUGGCUCUGUGCGGCUCUGCCGUGGUUGUGCAGCCUGCCUGCUCCCCGUAUAAACCCCCAAACGGGGCGGCGUGUUCGCAAGAGACAAAAAUACACGGCGGGUCAUAGGCGGCCGAUUCGGAUCGGGCGCUAGCUACAUGACCAGCCUCCUCGCCAAUAGGAUCACUACGCUCGUGCGCGCUCCCAUGGCCGCCGCGGGGGCGAGGCCAUUGCACCUGCACCGCAUCCCGCCGCGGGAGGGGGAGGAGGAGGACGUGGCGGCGGCGGCGGCCGAGGAGGAGGACCACCACCAGCGCCGGCGGCCGCUGUCCUGUGCGGCGUCCUCGUCCUCGGAGCGGCCGGCCGCGGGCAUGGUGGUGAUCGUCGGCGCCACGGGCACCGGCAAGACGAAGCUGUCCAUCGACGCGGCGCGGGCGCUCGGCGGGGAGGUGGUGAACGCGGACAAGAUACAGCUCUAUGCCGGCCUCGACGUCACCACCAACAAGGUGCCCCUCGAGGACCGCCGCGGCGUCCCGCACCACCUCCUCGGCGCCGUCCGCCCCGAGGCCGGCGAGCUCCUGCCCUCCACCUUCCGCUCCGCCGCCGCCGCCACCGCCGCCUCGAUCGCGGCGAGGCGCCGCGUCCCCGUCGUGGCCGGCGGCUCCAACUCCCUCAUCCACGCCCUCCUCGCCGACCGCUUCGACGCCUCCGCGGGGGACCCCUUCUCGCCCUCCGCCGCCGCGCGGGGGCGGGAUCGCCCCGCGCUCCGCUUCCCGUGCUGCCUUCUCUGGGUCGACGUCGAGGAGGCGCUGCUGGCGGAGUACCUCGACCGCCGCGUGGACGACAUGGUGCGCGCCGGCAUGGUGGAGGAGCUCCGCGAGUACUUCGCCGCGACCACCCCCGCCGAUCGCGCCGCGCACGCGGGGCUGGGCAAGGCCAUAGGCGUCCACGAGCUGGGCGGCCACUUCGCGGGGCGCAGGAGCUUCCGCGCCGCGGUCGACGACAUCAAGGCCAGCACGCGGGACCUGGCGGCCGCGCAGGUGUCGAAGAUCCGCCGCAUGGCCGACGACUGGGGCUGGCCCGUCCGCCGCCUGGACGCGUCCGCCACCGUCCGCGCCCGCCUCGGCGGCGCGGGGCCCGCCGCGGAGUCGGCCUCCUGGGAGCGCGACGUGCGCGGGCCGGGGCUCGCGGCCAUCCGCAGCUUCCUGCGCGACGGCGGCAGCGCCACCGAUGGCGACGACGAGACGGCGGAGCGGAUGGCGCGAUGCUGCGACGUGGUGGGGUGAGCCCGCGGCCGCUUGCUGUUACUUUCCGGGCGGAGCUAGUCGCGUUACGGCGCAAAGGGUGGAGGGGGCUUUUGGCCGCCGAUUUUGCAGGUUCCGGGCGGCGCCCUCUGCCGCUGGCCGGUGGGGUCCGAACAAGGGCACAGUGACACAGAGAGGGGGGGGAGGCUUCUAGCCUCUAGACUCUGUAGAGAGAGGAGAGAGAUAAAAGCUGCGUAGCAUUGCAGAGAGGGAGAGGGUGAGAACGGUGAAGAGAAUUUCUUUGUUGGGAGAGGGGUGGGGGGGGGGGGGGGUGAACUUCCAUUUCCUUUUCUUUCUUUCUUUCUUUUGUUCGUCCGUUUCCUAACUGCGCCAUUGUAUGUACUACUAAUCCACUAGACAGUUCAAAUUUUGAAAUAUAAUAUGCAGUACAGCCGAGCCUCCUUGAUUGA